UGCAGACACACACUAACACCAGCACACACUCAGAAACACACACACGAACACCCCUACCAGCACACACUCAGAAACACACACUAACACCAGCACACACUCAGAGAUCCUGCCUUUGCGGAAGCCAGAGGAGCCGAGGCGGCGCUAAAUUAAAUUAGCAUACUAACUAGUUAGCAGAGCUCGGAUGUGGAUGGACGGCUGAACGGAGCUGCAGCACAGACUCUCACUGCUUCUACUCACAACACACCGCCUCUUCGGGCUCAUUUUGUCCGGAUUUUGCUGCAGUCAGCCUGCCGAGGAGAUGGGGGACAAGGCGGGCACCAGAGUUUUUAAGAAGUCGAGCCCCAACUGUAAGGUGACAGUUUAUCUUGGAAAGAGAGACUUUGUGGAUCACCUGGACCACGUGGACCCCGUAGAUGGAGUGAUCCUUGUCGACCCCGAGUAUCUGAAGGACAGGAAAGUCUUCGUCACUCUGACCUGUGCAUUUCGUUACGGCCGUGAGGACCUGGACGUGCUGGGUCUGUCCUUCAGGAAGGAUCUCUACAUCUCCACCUUCCAGGCGUUCCCUCCGGUUCCUGAGGAGCGUAAACCCAACAGUCGGCUGCAGGAGAGGCUGCUGAAGAAACUGGGCCAACAUGCACACCCUUUCUACUUCACUAUUCCUCAGAACCUCCCCUGUUCAGUCACUUUACAGCCCGGCCCAGAGGACACCGGGAAGGCCUGCGGGGUUGACUUUGAGAUCAGAGCUUUCUGUGCCAAGUCGAUAGAAGAGAAGAUUCACAAGAGGAACUCUGUGCGUCUGGUCAUCAGAAAGGUCCAGUACGCUCCAGAGAAACCCGGUCCUCAGCCCAUGGUGGAGACAACCAGAAACUUCCUGAUGUCUGACAGAUCCCUACACCUGGAGGCCUCUCUGGACAAAGAGUUGUACUAUCACGGAGAGCCCAUCAGCGUCAACGUUCACGUCACGAACAACUCCACCAAGACGGUCAAAAGAGUGAAGAUCUCAGUGCGUCAGUAUGCAGACAUCUGCCUCUUCAGUACUGCCCAGUACAAAUGUCCAGUGGCUCAGCUGGAGGCAGAUGACCAGGUGUCGUCCAGCUCCACCUUCUGUAAGGUUUACACUCUGACCCCGACGCUCGACAAGAACCGAGAGAAGAGAGGGCUCGCUCUGGAUGGGAAACUCAAACAUGAAGACACCAACCUGGCCUCCUCCACCAUAGUGAAGGACGUCACCAACAAGGAGGUCCUGGGGAUCCUGGUGUCCUACAGAGUCAAAGUGAAGCUAGUGGUGUCACGUGGAGCGCUGCUGCGAGGCGUGAUGGAGAGAGACGUGUCUGUGGAGCUGCCCUUCAUCUUAAUGCAUCCUAAACCUGUGGAGCCCCCGGUGUCCCGCCCACAGUCAGCUGUGCCAGAGAUGGACCCCCCCAUCGACACCAAUUUGAUAGAGUUCGACACAAACAGCAUCUCCCAGGACGACGACUUCGUCUUUGAGGACUUCGCCCGCCUGCGGCUCAAGGGCGCCGUGGACGACAAAGACGAGGACUGCUAGGAGCUUGCCAACCUCUUCAUACGCUCGCUUCAAGAACCACCACACACACGCACACACACACACAUACACACACACACACUGUUCACCUUACAUUCCCCGGUGGAGGGGGUGGAUGAGGGCACGUUUGGACGGAGGCCUCGCGUGGGGGCGUCGCUGGUGUUCUUCCUCUCUUGCUUCAGUCAUUUCUUGCCGCCAUCUGUCUCUCUGUUUCUUUUUUUUUUUUUUUCGCUGAAAAACUUGUAAAAGCGGAGCGGCUGCUGGACGGACGACGGGUGGAAUCGUCCGGAGAACAUGUGAAGGAAAAAAAGAAGCGUAGGAAGUGUUUUAAAUCUUCUUUUUGAAUGUUUCACCAUCCUGUACAAACAGAUUAUAUAUUUAGAAAAAGAAUCUAUCUGUGUUCAGUGGUGAUCGCCGUUUUGAUUUCCUUUUAUACGCUUUUUUACAGCGAGGCUGCGAGGGGAGGAACCACACAAACACAAACACACUUUAACACCGGCGACUCGAUUUCACCAGCAUCCACUUGCCCGCUCUCAUCUCCGUCAACCUCCUCGCCUGUUUUCUUAAUGGUUUCCAUCGGCUGCAUGUUUCUGUCGUUCUGCAUUCAUUCCUGCAGGUUAAAGAACUUUUCCAGCUGUGAUCGAGUUUAUGUCACACUUUAUGAAGUUAAAAAACAGGCAAAUCUCUGCUCAGUCGCCACAUUUCAAACAUAAAAUGACAUUUCUGACUCUUCUAGUACUUCCUUUGGUUCCUUAAAGUAUAAAUCAUCUUAAUUUCCAUAUUUUAAAGCUCUACUUGAAGCUAAAUAUGAAGGUUUGGGAGUGUUGUGCUCUUUGUUAGAGGGAUGGGCAAUAUUUUUGAAAUACUCAACAGUUAAUUUAUGAAAUAAAAUACUUGAAAUGCACACCUCUAGUUCACUGAAAUAAUCCAAACGUUUAUGGACUGACUAAAACUAUCAACAUUUUCUGUCCUUUUUAUUUUUCUGUAUCCUCAAACAAGCAAUCUCUAUUUUAUCUGUCAAAACUCCCAAAGCUUUACAAAACUUCAGACAUUUUCAAUAGAAAGCUCAGAGAGGGAGAGAGAGCUCUGUGUUUGUAGUGCAAAUAUGCUAGCAACCUUUGAUCCUUUAAGACAUGAAAUCCACAAAUAUUUGCACCUUUUUUUUCCCACAAUAUCAAAAAAGUUCCAGAUUAAGGCUGAGAGUCACAUCAGAGUUCAUAGAGCUGGUUUGUAGAUGACCGUCCUGCAGGCUCAACAAUAAAACAACUUUUAUUUUAUCUAAAACAAAAAGUGCAGCACAAAGGCAUCAAAUCAAACCUGAGUACAGGAAGGGUUACAUGCAUUCAGAGUAGGAAAAAUAGGUGCAAAUAUUGUCUGGAUGUGCAGAAAAAGUUGGUAAAAUGGGGCUUCUUGACUCAAAAAUGACCUGCUGUUGUAGUUCCCAUCCAGGCCCCUCUAGGGGGCGCCACAGAUCUCUGGAGGAGGCACGAGGCUUUGUCUGCUCUGAGGCUGUCAAAUGUUAUUUUCAAAGAUGUAAAUUAGCUGACAGGAUAUGAGUUACAGACUUUAUAGCAAUACAGCAAUAAGAGUUCUUCUUCUGCUGGCUUAACUAAGGAAAAGGGCCAGGAAUCACUGGUCUGAUAACAAAAAAAAAUCUGAUUCCAGGCUGACUUAGGAAUUUUAAAGUGGCACAAAGAGGAGGAGGUUUGAUGACUGAAUGUAGGAACUAUGUGAAAAUGUUUUAAACUGUCAUUUCUCCAACAGAAAGCUGUAAUUUGUGUUGGACUGAAGCUGGUAUAAGGCAGAAUUCAAACUUUUAGCUCUGGACUUUAUGGUGAAGUGGCUCAGACCUACACUCAUCUAGACUCUGGUCCCCCUUCAUCAGUCUAGACCUGUAGUAGGAGGCCUACAGGACUAAGUCAUUAGUGAUCUCCAGGUAAAUCAGGUAACCUGGGGGUAAAAAUCUCUUUGAGAUCAUAACCGAUGUAAAUGUCCUGAUAACUGCAGCCUACAGGCCCACCUAGAGAUUUAACGGACUAACUUUACCACAUUUCCUUGAUUUCUAAACGCUGCUAUUCACUUCCUGUCCCCCAUCUGACAUGAGCGCCUCAUUGAGAUCAUGUGACUGCAGACAGCCUACAAAUGGUCAGUCUACACAACGAUGGAGACGACUAACCGUGUUUUUAAACUCACAUCCCUCAUAGUUAGAAGUCAGUGUACCUAAUUCAGUUCAGACCCCAGUCCUGGUCCAGAGCUCGUUUAGGCAGCUCUGCUGUAACGCUCUGUAUCUGAUGUAAACAAUGCUAAACUGAUAGCAUAGAUAGCGCUAGCAUAGCCCUGGUUUGGCUUAGAGUAAUAGGGAUAAAGAGGAACAUAGGCUGUUGGGUUAGAAUCACAUAGAAGCGUCUAUUGCCCGAUGUCACUGUGGUAGCGUCUUAAACAAUAGCGUUCUGUACCAGCAGCUCCCUGAGUGCUUUAACUGUAGACGAGUCGACUUAACGAUGUUAAAAUUAGCUUUUAGCUGGAUUUGAAGUCAUGCAGAGGAACAUCACUGGACAAAGAAAAAAAGAAAGACACAACGGUCACAGUUUGAAACUGUCUAAAAAGGAACAAAGUUAAAUUCUGCAGAUAAAGACCUCUGUAUGUCACAGACUUUCAGCCACCACAACAGGAGCUCAGAUAUGACACAGACUAGUUCUAACUUCCUGGUGUGUCUUUAGGUUCCUGAUUCGAUUCUUUAUUUCAUGCCUCGUACACUUUAUUUUGCACCUUUUGUGAACACGACUCUGAUAAAAACAUAAAAAUAAGAACAAAUCCUCAUUUAGACUCUUAAAAUGUGAGCAAUAACUCCGAUCACACUGGAAUCGUUUCUCUAAACCUGCAUCUGACCUCGAGUCUUUGACUUCAAGAAGACUGACGUCUCACCGUUCACGUCUCUCUAAACUCAAUGUUUAAUCCUCUUUUAACACUUUACAGCUUUUUUUUUUUAUCACUUCCUCACUUUAAAAUGUUUCAAACUCGACGCGGCUCGGCUCCUGCAGGUUUAAACUUUAGAGGAGGAAACACUGGUGGCUGUUUUUGUCUCAUAUCAUCUCUCUGUUUCUAAUCCGCCACAGAAAAACCCAGAAACUAAUUAGAAUAAAAGACAUUCACUUUCAGAUCCUGUUGUGUUCUGUAAUCUUCAUCGUGCCUUCUUCAUCUCUCCGUUGCCAAUAAGACUAAACCCAUCGCCAUGUCACCGUUUUAGUUUUGGGACUGAAAGCAGAAUUCUACGUUUAUAGGGUUAUUCUUUAUAACCAGAAAUUGCAAAAAGCCUGAAAUUAGACGGAAACAGAAAUUUAAUUGACUGUUUCUAAUUUCUACCUUGAAAAAAUCAAUCAUAGCGCCCCCUACUGUAUCAGACUGUACAGAGCGGUGUUUCUGAUGUGAAAGCAGACCAGCAGAGGAGAGGAAGGGGCAGCCGUGCUCGGGCACGGUAUGAAACAACCAUACCUUUUCCUCAUGACUGCACUAAUCCUACUGUGUUAAUCUGGUUUCUGUAAAGCUCAAAACAUCAGAUAUUUCUAUUAGAUUACCAGGAACUGAUCCUGUUAAUCAUCCUUUUAAAGUACCGCCAUCAAACAGGAAGUUGUAAGAACAGAUCAAGUGUUUGACUUAUGUGUCAUAAAACUGUAGCUGUGUUCUUUAAACCUGCUUUAAGACAGGGUUUAAUAACUGUACCAAGUUUUUAAGAUAUUUUCCAGUAUCAUUUGGAUGUUUUUUUUUUCCAGUUUACUCUUAAAAUGUUAAAAUUUUUCACCCUAGAAUUUGAACUUGACCCUCUUUGUUUGGCUUUUUCUUGUAAAUAGUUGCAAAUUUAUCUCCUUUUUUGUGUGUUUUUGCCCAACAAAAAUAUGUUUUUUAAAGUAUAAUUAACCAAAUUGAAGAUAUCUGAAGUGCCACGGGGAGGUUUUACCGCCAAUAAAAAACAGAAAGCGAGACAUGUAAUGUAGGAAAGUCCAGACAGGAUAUGCAUCCGUAGACUUUCUUGUGCCCCUAAUUUGGGCUGGUUCCUCAUGUUCUUGAUGUGUGACGCUGUAGUUUCCUCAGGAUCCAUGAAACCUGCUGUGGUUUCACUCUAACUGGUUAUGGCGGCGUUUGCCAUUUUAUUGCCGUUAUGUCGCUGCAGAUUGCUGCACAAACGCCGCGCUGCACAGACAUUUCGUGGGAAUUGCUGGUAACUCACUGUCACGUGAAAAACAUCCUAACAAGAUAAAUAAGUCCAAACCUCAACAAACAUCUCAAAUUUCCUCGUUGUCGUGGAGUAAAUUAGAUUGCAUGGAUGCAUGUCCUCUCUGGGCUACCAUCGAGAUCCAUUAAACUCAGCAGCACCAGUGUUUCCCGUAGGUUCUCCCUCACCUCGUCACCCCUCCUCCUCCUCCUCUUCGUCUUUAAUGUAUGUUCAUCUGACCUCAGACAUGUGAAGGACUUCAUCAGCCAGACUUCUAUCGUCCUGGGUCAGUGUUCUUCACAGACAUCAGAUUUUAAAUCCGAAAAGAGAAAUCCAAAACCAAGAAACAAGCUCAUUCCCAAUCACUGUUUAAAAGUAGGAAAAUAAAACAUGGAAAAAAAACGGCCCCUUACCUUUCAGGCAGUUCAGAUUAAACGGGAAUCAAAAAUUUAAAGAAAAUGAAACAGAUUUAAUUUUCUGUUUCUUGUUUUUAUUUUUCCAAAAUAAAUGAAUAAUUGAAACAUUGUUUGUUUUUCAUCUGAUUGUUGUGAUAAAAAAAAAGAUCAAUGAAUGGAACACUGGUGAUGUAACAUUCUUUUUUCCCUUCAUUUUUGACCUGUUACAGGUGUGAUGUUGCAUCACCAGAAUUCUGUUCUGUGCUCUCUUAUUUAGAACACAAAAACGAUGAGAUCAGAAACCACCAUUUUUGGUAUUCAAAUAAAAAUGAAAAAUCAGAACAAAAAAAUAAAUUUUUUUUUUUUUUUUUAAAUUCCCGCUGGUCCCUGGAUGUUCUAGACAGCUCAGAAUAAACUGGGAAUCAAAGAACAACAACCACAAAAAAUUCUGUUUCUCUUUUGUCAUUUUUAUUUUGUCCUUUUUUGUAGAAAUCAGUAAAUUUAAAAAGGUUGUUUUUUUAAAUCUGAUUGUUUUUGUGUUCUGAUUAAAAAAAAAAAAAAGAUCAAGGAAUGAAACACUGCUGACAUAACUUUCUUUUUUUCUGUGUGACUUGCUGCAGGCAUUGUGAAAAAAUGAAUGAGAAAAGAACGUUACACCACCAGUAAUCCAUUCUUUGAUCUUUUUAUGAUAAGAACACAAAAACAGUCAGAUUAAAAUGAAUAAUUUUGGAUUUUUUUCUUUUGUUUUGGAUAACGUGAACCAUUUUUCAUCUUCUGUUCUUUCUUUCUUUAUUUUUUUAAUUUAUUUUAAUUUCAUACAAACUCCUGAAAACACUGAGAGCUUUGAAAACAAACAUGGAAAAAUACUACUGGGAUAUUUUAGGCCGUUCAGAAUAAUUCAGAGUUAAAAACAAAACCGUCUUCGUUUUCAGUUUCUCUUUUUUGCUCUUUUUUAGUUGACGAAACAGUGAUGUAACAACAUCUACAGAACACACAUAAAAGAAAAAAGAAUCUUACAUCACCAGUGUUCCAUUUUCUUAAAUCUUCUUUUGGUCAGAAAACAAAAACAAAACGUUUUCCAUUUAUUUAUUUCAUUUGUAAAAAAAUCCGAGCAGGUUUUUCCAUGGUUUUUUCCUGCUUUUAAACCGUGAUUGUGAAUCCGUUUCUUGAUUUCAGAUUUCUCAUCUUGGAUUAAAAAUCUGUCUGCUGUAAACACACUGACCGCCCUCUCGCUCUUUCUCUCCGUUUUCAUUCAUAAAAAAAUUAACGGUUUAGAGGAGCAGUGAGCGUUUUCAUCAUAUCUUUCUCUUAAAAACUUUCCCCACCUAAAUAAAAAAAAAUCCCGGAUCAACAUUUCAGCCGACACCAGAGCACUGCACUUUGAUUGGACGAACCCACAUUUCUGCAGACGUUUGUUUUUUGCUGAUUUCAGGAGACGAAGAAGACGAAUGUUGAUCUUUUCUGAUGCUUCUGAAAAUGUCUGUUGUGUUUUGUCAAGUUUUUAGACUUCACUCAAACUUUGAUUUUUGUUUUUAUUUUGAUCUAAAAACUGCCAAACUCCCCUCCCUGCGUCCUUCGCUCCGUCACCCAGAAGUGAAGAAGAAACAAACUCAGCAUGUUUUAAACUCUUCGGUUUCUUUCGGUUUCGUUCCAAGCAGUGCUGUGAAUCGUACGAGCUGUGAUUCUGUCCUUAUUUUGUCGUGCAUAUGUGGGGUAAACUUUGCUAAGUGUGAAAAUAUUUUGACAAGUGCCACGCCCCGGCCUGUGCGAUGCUUACCAUAAUGUCUAUAAAAAACAGGCAGUGAUUUUCUGCUGGUGGCGCCGUCACCAGAAAAGAUAGUCUGAUUAUUAUGCUUCUGAUUAUUAUUAUUAUUAUAUUAUUAUUAUUAUUAUUAUUAUGGUGACUAUUAUUACUUCUACUGUAUCAUCAUUGCGACCAUGAUUAUUCUCAUAAUCAUUUAAGAGUCUAUUGUUUUGCCAUGUAUUUUUUAUUUUGAGAUUUUUAUUUUAGUUUUCUUUUUAUUAUUAAAGGCAAAAUGAACUAACAGA